CUCUGCCUGAGGCUGAGAAGGCGGAGCGUCGCUGUGUGGAGGGCUGAGCGCGCUUUCCUUCUGCUCCCUGUUGGGUGCCCGGGAAGGGAGGCGUCGAGAGGCUCUUUUCCCGUAGGAGGGAGUCUUCCUCGAGGUCUUCCGAGCGGAGACAGCCAUGCCGAACUCGAGGCCCAGGCCUCGCCGGGGCUCCGGGGAUGGCGCAGGGGCGGUCGGCAGGGACCGCCUGGUGGCGCGGUCCUUGCAGAGCGCUGAGCACUGUCUGGGCGCCCAGGACUUCGGCACUGCUUAUGCCCAUUACCUCCUAGUGCUCAGCCUGGCGCCAGAGCUCAAAGAAGACGUGAAGUCACUGUUCUAUUGCUGUGAAGACACCAUGACCAAGGCAACUCUUGAAACUUUUCAGUAUACACUUUUCAAGUGGGCUGAAGAGCUUGAUGCACUUAGUCGAAUACAAGACUUACUUGGUUGCUAUGAGCAGGCCUUGGAGCUAUUUCCUGAUGAUGAAGUAAUUUGCAAUAGUAUGGGAGAGCACCUUUUCAGAAUGGGCUUUCGAGAUGAGGCAGCUGGGUAUUUUCAUAAAGCUGUGAAGCUAAAUCCUGAUUUCAGUGAUGCAAAGGAGAACUUUUACCGUGUUGCCAACUGGCUGGUGGAACGCUGGCACUUCAUCAUGCUUAAUGACACCAAGAGGAAUAGGAUUUACAAUGCAGCAAUCCAGAAGGCAGUGUGCUCGGGGUCCAAGAGUGUUUUGGAUAUUGGCACAGGAACUGGAAUACUGAGCAUGUUUGCUAAAAAGGCUGGUGCACAUUCAGUAUACGCCUGUGAAUUAUCCAAGACCAUGUAUGAACUUGCCUGUGAUGUAGUGGCUGCAAACAAGAUGGAAGAUGGGAUUAAGCUCCUACAUAUGAAGUCACUUGAUAUAGAAAUUCCAAAACACAUUCCUGAAAGAGUGUCCCUAGUUGUAACAGAAACUGUCGAUGCAGGUGUGUUUGGAGAAGGAAUUGUGGAGAGUUUAAUUCAUGCAUGGGAGCAUUUACUUCUGCAACCUAAGACCAAAGGAGAAAAUGGAAAUUGUGGACAGUAUGGGAAAGUUAUACCAGCAAGUGUUGUUAUAUUUGGGAUGGCAGUAGAGUGUGCAGAGAUACGAAGACAUCAUAGGGUGAGCACUAAGGACAUUGCUGGUGUCCAUUUGCCAGCAAAUGUGACAUUUCAGAGCCCGGCCUACUCUUGUGUAGACACUGGAGAAGCAGUUGAGCCUUACACAACUGAAAAGAUGAGUAGGAUCCCUGGAGGGUACUUGCCUCUGACAGAGUGCUUUGAAAUUAUGAAAGUGGAUUUUAACAGUCUUCAGGAAUUAAAGAGUCUUGCAGCUAAAGAGCCUUGUCCUCUUAGUGUUCCUGCUGUUAAAGAAGGCAUGCUGGAUGCUGUCAUGGUGUGGUUUGUUCUCCAGCUGGAUGAUGAACACAGUCUGUCCACAAGUCCUGGGGAGGAAACCUGCUGGGAACAGGCCGUUUAUCCAGUGCAGGCCCUUGCAGACUACUGGAUAAAGCCCGGAGACCGAGUGACAAUGGAAGCAUCUUGUCAAGAUUGUUACCUAAGAAUCCAGAGUGUCAAUAUCUUGCAUUUGGAACAUGAAAUGGAAGUUAUAAAGAAUUUUACCAAGAGUAAAGACUUGCUCUCUCUAGGAAAUGAGGCUGAGCUCUGUAGUGCCCUGGCUAAUCUUCAGACCAGUAGAGCAGAUGCUCUGGAGCAGACCUGUGUUUUAGAACCUACAGAAAUUGCUUUGCUCAAUAACAUCCCAUAUCAUGAAGGCUUUAAGAUAGCAAUGAGGAAGGUAUUGUCUUCACUGGCCCCAGAGAAGUUGUGCCAGCCCGUGGAUACUCACUGUCAGGAUAUUGAGAUGAGCUCUGGAAGUGAACAGAGUGGUACUGCACCGAGCACCUCUGACCCUUUCUAUGUGUUGGAUGUGUCUGAAGGCUUCUCUCUCUUGCCUAUAAUUGCUGGAACACUUGGUGAUGUUAAGCCCUACAGUUCUGUGGAGAAAGACCAGCAUUGUAUCACUUUGGACCUCAUAUCUGAAGCCAAUCACUUCCCUAAGGAAACACUUGAGUUUUGGCUGAGACAUAUAGAGGAUGAAUCUGCUGUGUUGCAAAGGCCCAAAUCAGACAAAUUGUGGAGCAUAAUUAUAUUAGAUGUCAUUGAGCCAUCUGGACUCAUUCAGCAGGAAAUAAUGGAAAAAGCUGCAAUAUCCAGGUGUUUAUUGCAAUCUGGAGGCAAGAUCUUCCCCCAGUAUGUGUUGAUGUUUGGGAUGCUCGUGGAGUCACAGACACUGGUAGAAGAGAGCGCUGUUCAAGGAACAGAACACACUCUUGGGUUAAACAUAGCACCUUUUAUUAACCAGUUUCAGGUGCCUAUCCGUGUGUUUUUGGAUUUAUCUUCAUUGCCAUGUGUCCCUUUAAGCCAGCCAGUGGAACUCUUAAGGUUAGAUCUGAUGACUCCAUAUUUGAACACUUCCGAUAGAGAAGUAAAGGUCCGCAUUUGUAGAUCUGGACGAGUGACUGCUGUCCCAUUUUGGUUUCAUUUGUGCCUUGAUGAUGAGGUCAGGUUGGACACCUCAGGUGAAGGCUCCCAUUGGAAACAAGCUGCUGUGGUUCUGGAUAGUCCCAUCCGGGUACAAGCGGGAGAGGAGCUCCUGCUCAGUGUUCAGCAUCACAAAAGCAAUGUCAGCAUCACAGUGAAGCAGUGAGCGAGACUGUAAUCAUAAAUGAGUGUAUAAAAAUUUCUAAGGGUGACAUUAAUAAAGCACAUGCUGACAGUCA